AGCCUUUCUUAGUUUCGCCGGUACUUUGUGGCAGGAGCUCGCCGCCCGCGGUCCCGGGCCGGGGGCUGGGGGUGAGAUCUGUGGCUGUACGGACCUUGGGCGGGCUGCUAGAGGGAGAUUGGCGCCGGGCCCAUCCAGGUGGAGUCGGUACGGAGGCCUGGUGAACCUGGCCUCUUUCUUCCCUCUCCGCCGGGCUCCCGCAUCGCCGCCUGCUGGGCCCCCGCUCGGCUUUGCUUUCUGCUGGACGGUGUUUAUAUUUGCCUUUCACUCGGAUAUUGAGAAUUGGCUGACCAACUGAUCAUGUGCAGCACUAUCUAGGUGGUAUGCAGUCUUUUGGUCAGUUGGAUAAUAAGCCACACCCAUGGAACCAGACAAUGACAUUGCACUGGAUAUUUUGAUAACAAAUGUGGUCUGUGUCUUUAAAACAAGAUGCCAUUUAAAUCUGCGAAAGAUUGCACUGGAAGGAACAAAUGUGAUCUACAAAAGAGAUGUUGGGAAGGUGUUAAUGAAACUGAGAAAACCCAGGAUAACAGCAACUAUUUGGUCUUCAGGGAAAAUUAUAUGCACUGGAGCUACAAGUGAAGAAGAUGCAAAAACUGGUGCUCGAAGACUAGCCCGUCUUCUGCAGAAACUGGGUUUUCAGGUAAAGUUUGCUGGUUAUAAAGUUGUCAACGUUCUGGCUGUAUGUACUAUGCCAUUUGAAAUAAGGCUACCAGAAUUCACCAAAAAGAAUCGUCCAGUUGCAAGCUAUGAACCAGAACUUCAUCCUGCAGCAUCUUACAGAAUUAAAGCAUUAAAGGCUACACUUCAAAUCUUUUCAACGGGCAGUAUAACAAUUACAGCACCCAGUAUACAGUGCGUUGCUACUGCAGUGGAACAAACCUAUCCAUUGAUUUUUGAGUCCAGAAAGAUGAUCAAAUAACCAUUCCUAUUAUGGGACCAUCUCUGGUGAUUUUGAGUGGAUGACUACAGACACAAAGUUUGCCAUAUAACUAUUCUGGGAAUGAACAUAUAGCAAAUGAGAGACUGUGAGAAUAUAUGAACACAAUGCAAAUGUAUUCAUAUUGGGAUGUUAAUAUUGUUUUAUUGUGAACUGUUUACAUGACAUGAUGCUGCUGUUUUUCUUAAGAGAGCCCUCCUUAUAGUCUCUGCAGUAAGGGAACAGGAUUGUAAAAUGUGCACUACAUUUAAAGUUGAACCAUUUUUUCUGGUUGAGCUUUGUGUUUUAUUGUGAGGUCAUUUUUUUAAAAAAAAACGUUAUGCUGUAUAUGAAAACCAAAGAUGCCACCAAUGUUAUUGUUCACUUGGUUAUAGUGUUUAAAUAAAAUUAAUAGAUGUGUAUUUAAUUUUAAGUAAGAACCCUGCUAUAAGUCAUAAGUUAUUGAAGAAUUUAUAAAUGUUACAAAAUAAAUUUUACAUUCAUUGGUAAAUCCAAAAUAUUAUUUGUAAAAGCUAUUUUGACUACAACAGGUCCUCACAAGUAAGGAUUGUGGAUGGUCAAAUUAUCUUAAAUUCAGGUAGAAUUUAAAGUUUAUUUUUUAAAAAGAAUGCAUAUUUGGUGAGCUAAUGAAAAUGGAGGGUUCCUAAAUUUGGAAUCAAAUCACAUCCUAUUAAUUAGAAAAGGUAGUGCAUCAAACCUUUCCCAGAUUUUAGGGUAUUGAAAGAUCACUUAAAUAUUUGCAUGGCUGCUUGUUGAUCUUAAUUUUUAAAAUUGAUCAGAUAAGCUAAAAAAUUACUUCAUAUACAGCAUCAAAUGGAUCCUAAAAGGCACUGUAAAUUUGUUUUUAUUAAAAUAGUUACAUGCAGUGAUGCAUACUGUAUAUCAACCAUUGGAAAUAUAUCAAAAUGUAGAAACAAGUAUCGCAUUAAGAUUUUAAAGCAGUAACUUAGAAUUUUUUCUGUAUUAGGAAAAAAAAAUUUGGAAUGAACUUAAUAGCCCAUAAUGCUGCAGAAGUUAAUUUUAAAAUUAUACCGGAAGCCUCAUACCUUUUCAAUAAAGAGAAUCUCACUGUUGGUGAGUUCCAGGUGUUUGUCAUUUAUACUUUGCUACAGACCGAUCAGUGUAAUUUUGAGUUAUGAAUCUUUCAUACUCCAAAAAGAAUAGCUGCAACUAUUUAUUACCAGUGAGAUUUCUUCCCUACACCGAAAUUAUACUUGAAAGUAAGUGCUUUAUGAGCACAGCGUUGUUUUGACGUUCUUAAAUUCAACUUUUAGCAAGUAUUGCAUAUGUAACUUUUUUUUAAACUAAGAUCUUCAUUAAUGCCCGUCCACAGUUUCUAAUAGAAAAUUCAGUAGUUACAGUUUGGCUCUACGUAAUAAACUAUAACAUUGUCAGUAUUUCAUCAUAUUUGAUUUUAUAAUGAGAACUAGAUUUUCAAUCAAUAAAUUGUAAAAGAUGUUUGGAAAAACUUGAGGAUCGUACUGUAGAAAGCACACUGCACCGUAGCAGUGAAUGUGAUCAUUGAUUCAGCGUCCCUGUUUCCAGCCGAACCCUUGUUCCUCAGGUUGAGUGUCUAUCCUUGAGAACUGCACAUAGUACCUGUUUGAUACAAGAAUACCCCACUGAAUUUCAAUAAGUUGUCUUUAUCAUUGCAAUGUCAUGUAAUCUGCAAACAAAAAUUUUUCAAUUAUACGGCAUCUAAAUUCAAAUCAAAAUUUACUUGGAACAUAAUCCUUUGAGUACUGGAUAGCACUUUUGAAUAGCAUCUAUUUUCUGUUUUGUAGGACAAUUAUGUUUGUUUUUUGUAAAUUUUCAGUUCUCAACAAAGUUGAAGUAGAUGGAUGUACUCAAUUGUAACAUACCAAUUUACAAUAUUCACACAAUAAAUGUAAUCUUAACUUUA